CCCAGAGGAUAUAAAUAUAAACCUUGAACCAAAUGAUACUACAGAUAUAGAUCUCCCACUAAAUGAUAUUGACCCAGAGGAUAUAAAUAUAAUCCUUGAACCAAAUUUUAACUAUGCUGAUGUUGAAGAUGCUAUAAGGAGAAGCAAUCCAAAAGUGAAAUUUAAUAAAUCAAAAGAAGGAUACAAUAAUCAAAAGCCGGUUCAUAAUAUUAGCAACAAUAAAAUUCUUAAAACAAAUGUGAAAUCUGUUGUAAAGAAAACUGAUAAAAAAAUAUCAUAUGAAAACCUAAAUCAAGUAUUGAAUGCCAAUGAUGACCUCCGUAAACCAAGUGUAAAACUUGAUCAAACAGAUAGUAUUAUAGAAAAAAAUGAUUCAAAAACGAAAGUUGAAAAGCAGAAUAGUAAAAAACGUAAAAUUCAAAAACCGAAUGUGAAAUUUGUUGGAGUAGAUGGAAUAAUAAAGAAAACUGAUUCUAAAGUUGAAUAUGAGAACCAGAUGCAGGUUCUUAAUAUAAGUAAAGAUAAACUGCAAUAUAUUAAAAGGAGAAUGAGAACCAUUGGGCAUAGUAUUAAGAAAAAGAUGAAAACUGCAAUUGGGGAAAAUAGUGGUGUCAGUAUUCCAAGAGAUAUUAAGAUAAAUAUUAAAACUAAAAAUAAUGUUCAAGUAAAUGGCGUCAGUAAUGUAAACAUUAUAAGAAUGCCAAUAAAAGUGAGACAAGAAAUGAGAAAGACUGCUGCAUUUAAGAAGAUAGAUAUGAAAAUGAUGAUGAAAUCAAAGAAACUUAUACGGCGUUAUAAAAUAAGAAGGAAUCCGGAGAAUAAUUAUUUGCCGGCGGUUGACUUUGCUAAAUUUGAGAGUGACUAUAAUGUGAAAAUUGUGACUUUGAGCAAGGAAGAGCAACUGGAGGAAAUCGCCUUGCGUAAGAAGUCCCGGAAGCACUCGUACCAGUGUGAGGCCUGCGGAAAAGGGUUCAACAUGGAGCCAGCAUACAACAACCACAAAAAUAGACACAAUCCUAGUGAAGGCGCAUUUUCUUGCGAGAUCUGUUUUAUCCGCUUCCGGUUUAAUUGCCGUAGCCAGAAACAUCAGGACACCCACCGACUGAAGUUCACAUGUAACUUUUGCGGCUUCGUGAGCCGGCAGAGGGAUCAAGCCCGGAAACAUCACGCCAUGCACGAGGGCAAGACGUUUAAGUGUCAACACUGCGAGAAAACUUUCCUCAAAGGCUCGACGUAUUUCUCCCACGUACGGCUGGCGCACUCCACGCUGAACGUCACCUGCAACCUGUGCGGGGAAACCUUCAUCGGGCCGUUUGGCCUGAAGCAGCAUCAGAGGAAGGCUCACACCAAGAAACGGCAAGAAUUUAAGUGCACUGUCUGCUCAGCCACGUUCCUAAGUAUCUUGGCACUGAACAGACACACAGACACGGCCGGCGAGCACACAGACCUGCGGCCGUGCGAGCAGUGCGGCGAGAACUGUGCGAGCGAGGACGCGCUACAGGAACAUGUUGGGGAGAUGCAUCCCGAGGAGUCGUAUCGAUGUGACAAGUGUGACAUCUCGUUCCCGAGCGCGUUGGCGUUGGACACGCACAAUCUGCGCAAGCACAUCGGGAGGCCUUACUCCCUCCCGGCGAGCAUGCGCAAGACCAGCCACGACUACACGCGCCGACAGCAACAUGCGCGCGUGUGCGACCAGUGCGGCCGUGUCAUGAAGUGUGCAGCCCUCCUCCGGUACCACAUUCUGCGGGACCAUCAGCACGUGAAGCAGUUCGUCUGCAACGAAUGUCCGAAGAGGUUUUUCAGUAAAGCGCAGUUACAGAUUCACAUGCGUUCACACACCGGGGAGAGGCCAUUCCAGUGCCCCGGGUGCCCGCGCGCCUUCACCUUAAAGAACAACCUCAAGCGACACCACCUAACCGCACACGAAGGCAUCCGCCAAAACAUCCCGUGCGCCAUCUGCGAGCGCGUGUUCACCACCAAGAACUCCAUGGCCAUGCACGUCAGCACCGUGCACUGCGGCCGCCCGUGGCCGAGGCGAGACCGGAGCCGGACCAAGCGCCCCACAACCACAAACACAAACACAAACAUGACACAUGACAAAACCACAGAUUAA